AACACCGUCCGUUAUCGUAACCUACAAACCACAACCAUGUCCGAGGAGCGAGCCGAGAGAUCCGACGGGAAGAUGGUGAAGAUGGAGAUCGACUACAGCCCGACUGUCGACCAGCGUCUCCCGGAAUGCGAGAAAAUGGCGAAAGAGGGCAAGCUGCAGGAGGCCAUUGAGAGCUUGUUGUCAUUGGAGAAGCAAACCAGGACGGCAUCAGACAUGGUGUCCACCUCCAGAAUCCUUGUGGCCGUGGUCCAGAUGUGCUAUGAAGCCAAGGACUGGGAUGCCCUGAAUGAAAACAUCAUGUUCCUCACCAAAAGGAGGAGUCAGCUGAAACAGGCUGUUGCCAAGAUGGUGCAAGAAUGCUACAAGUAUGUGGAUGCCAUAACCGAUCUGACCAUCAAGCUGAGACUCAUCGACACACUUCGCACAGUGACUGCUGGAAAGAUCUAUGUUGAGAUUGAGCGUGCCAGGCUGACGAAGACCUUGGCAGGAAUCAAGGAGCAGAAUGGAGAGGUCAAAGAGGCAGCGUCCAUCCUUCAGGAGCUGCAGGUGGAGACAUACGGCUCCAUGGAGAAAAAGGAGAAGGUGGAGUUUAUCCUGGAGCAGAUGAGGCUUUGCAUUGCCGUCAAGGAUUACAUUCGCACUCAGAUCAUCAGCAAGAAGAUAAACACCAAAUUCUUCACAGAGGACGGCACCGAGGAAUCCAAGCUGAAGUACUACAACCUCAUGAUUCAAGUGGACCAGCAUGAGGGCUCCUACCUGUCCAUCUGCAAACACUACCGGGCCAUCUAUGACACCCCCUGCAUCUUGGAGGACAGCAGCAAGUGGCAACAGGCCCUGAAGAGUGUGGUUCUGUACGUGAUUCUUUCCCCUUACGAGAACGAGCAGUCAGACCUUGUGCACAGAAUCAGCGAGGACAAGAAACUGGAAGAAAUCCCCAAAUACAAGGACCUCUUGAAGCUGUUCACCACCAUGGAGCUGAUGCGCUGGGCGUCCCUGGUGGAGGACUAUGGAAAGGAGCUGAGAGACGGCUCACCUGACAGCCCGGCCACAGACGUCUUCUCCUAUUCAGAGGAGGGGCAGAAAAGGUGGAAGGACCUCAAGAACAGAGUGGUCGAGCAUAACAUCAGAAUAAUGGCCAAAUAUUACACCAGAAUCACAAUGAAGAGGAUGGCUGGACUUCUGGACCUCUCUAUUGACGAAUCCGAGGAGUUCCUCUCCAGUCUGGUAGUCAACAAGACCAUCUACGCCAAGGUCGACCGGCUGGCCGGCAUCAUCAACUUCCAGAGGCCCAAAGACCCCAACGACCUGCUCAACGACUGGUCGCACAAACUCAACUCUCUUAUGUCUCUGGUCAACAAGACAACGCAUCUCAUCGCCAAGGAAGAGAUGAUCCACAAUCUGCAGUGAAUCCAGAACACAGUGCUUCAUUUUAUGUGUUGGUUCAUAUUCUGUUUGUCUUGUCCAUCAGUGGGAACGUUUUUGAAAAUACAGUCUAUAGGCGGACUGUGGAGGAGAAGAAUGUGCAGCACAUUAACAGCACCCCCAGCUUUGUUCAUUUUGUACUGUCCAGUAAACACUGACAAUAAACACAAGAGCGCCCCCCCUCUUUGCUUCAGUCUCUCAGUGUCAUGGAAGACUGGACCUCUGAACAUGUUCCCCAUUGCUGUUAAACACAUGAAAUACAGUGGUUUAUCAUUUAUCGCUGUAUAGAAACAACUUUAAAAUGUAUACUUUUCAAUGUAAACAAUAAACUCCUCUCCUUUGGUUAA